UUGACGAAUGCAGGAAGUCGCCCUUGAAGCCGUGGCUUCGUUGAGGUCGCGCGGUGACAAGAUGCGCAUCGUCUUGUCUUCAACGCUCGGCGUUAUGGUGUACCGCGGUAAGCCAGGUUCAUCACAACCGACCAGUGUAAGACAAGAAUGCGAGAAUUCCUGGAUGGUCGACAGCGACUUCACUUGCACGGCGGGCUUUUCCAGCGCGGACGAGUACUACAACCGGGCUGGGCUCUACGCCUACGCCACUUACCACAACGGAGAUCGUGAUUACUUCCUCACCUGGGAGAACGAACAGUCGUUGCAAGCAAAGCUUGAUUUGUACACGGACUCUUCCGACGGAUGGGCGUUGUUUGAGGCGCAUCGGGAUCUAUGGCGGAGCUGUGGUAAAGACGACGACUACCUUCGUAUUAUCGCGAUCCAGCAGAAGGCCCGGCGCCCAGGCAGCCGAUGACGUCAGCAUCUGCGGCCGGCCGACUGCAUGGACUAUGCUCAUCGAUUUGACGCGGCUGCCUUAUGUACUGCUCCCGCCCGAAUAAAAAGCAUGCAGGGUUUAC